CUUGCAACACAACUGUGCAGUCAGUCUUGGAAUCUAAGUGCUGCCGAGAGGCAAGGAGCAAGCACAGCUAAAGACUGGAGGGAAAAGGAGAGAGACAAUAUCAUGCCUUUUAAAGGACAGUAGGCUUUAGACGCUGAGGGGGUGAAAAUGAAGAUCAAAGCAUCGGACUAAAAUGCCAGAACUGGUGACCCUGUAUUCCAGCAAACCUCCCGGGCACUGCUCUUCCCCAUACUAGCUUACUCAUUAAGAACUCUCCCAGACCGAUCGGAUAUAAUGAUAACUAACAACGUCUUGCUGCUCCUGGUGCUCGCCUUCCCGCAGCCCAGCUCGCUGGCGCCUCUGUCACCCCAGAGUAAUGAGAGCCUGGCAACUGGCGAUAGCGGCGGCGUUGCGGCAUCCAAUGGUGCCGCCACGAUGACGGAGGCGGAGAGCAGCGGGAGGAUACUGCAGCGGACCAAGCGCGGCUGGAUGUGGAAUCAGUUCUUCCUGCUGGAGGAGUACACGGGGACCGACUAUCAGUAUGUGGGCAAGCUCCACUCUGACCAGGACAGGGGGGACGGCACCGUGAAGUACGUUCUCAGCGGGGACGGGGCCGGCAGCCUGUUCCUGAUUGAUGAAAACUCAGGCGACAUCCACGCCACCAAGAGGCUGGACCGGGAGGAGAAGGCCUUCUAUCCGCUCCGUGCCCAGGCAGUCAACAAGACAACGGGCCGGCCGCUGGAGCCCGAGUCUGAGUUCAUCAUCAAGAUCCACGACAUCAACGACAACGAGCCAAAGUUCACCAAGGAGGUCUACAUUGCGAGCGUGCCCGAGAUGUCGAGCAUCGGGACGUAUGUCCUGCAGGUGAACGCCACCGACGCCGACGAUGAGAACUACGGGAACAGUGCCAAACUGGUGUACAGCAUUCUGCAGGGCCAGCCAUACUUCUCUGUGGAGCCUAACACAGGCAUCAUAAGGACGGCUCUCUCCAACAUGAACCGUGAGAACCGAGAGAAGUAUCAGGUGGUGAUCCAGGCCAAGGACAUGGCGGGCCAAAUGGGCGGCCUAUCCGGGACCACCACGGUCAACAUCACCCUCACCGAUGUCAACAACAGUCCGCCCCGUUUCCCUCACAGCUCCUACCAUCUCUCGGUGCUGGAGUCUGCGGAAAUCGGAUCCAUAGUUGGCCGGAUCAAAGCCAACGACGCGGACGUUGGCGAGAACGCCGAGAUGCAGUACAGCAUCGUGGACGGAGACGGACAGGAGGUGUUCGCCAUUGCCACCGACAGAGUCACGCAGGAAGGCGUCAUCACUGUGAAGAAGCCGCUGGACUACGAAAGCAAACGGGUCUACACGCUGAAGGUGGAGGCCGCCAACACCCAUGUGGACCAGCGGUUCAGUAACCUGGGCCCGUUCGAGGACACGGCGACGGUGAAGAUCACCACCCAAGACGUCGACGAGCCUCCAGUGUUCAGCAGGAAUCCCUACAUCAUCGAGGUGCACGAGGACACGGCGGUCAGCAGCUUCAUCGGGGCAGUCAACGCGCGGGACCCAGACGCCGCCAAUCACCCUAUCAAGUACUCUAUUGACCGACAUACAGACUUGGACAGGCUCUUCAACAUCGACUCUAGCAACGGCUCCAUCUCUACACUGCAGUCCCUUGACAGAGAAAUGUCGAAAUGGCACAACAUUUCUGUCGUCGCAACUGAAAUAAGUAACCCCCGGCAAACCACUCGUGUUCCUGUCUUUAUUAAGGUUUUGGAUGUCAACGACAACGCACCUGAAUUCGCGAUGUAUUACGAAACUUUUGUCUGUGAAAAUGUGAAAGCUGGACAGUUGAUACAGACCAUAAGUGCAGUGGACACAGAUGAACCACUUAUUGGACACAAAUUUGCCUUCAGUCUCAGCACCCCAAAUCCAAACUUUACAAUCUUUGACAAUGAAGACAACACAGCCAGGAUCCUGACGAAGAGAAGUGGGUUCAGUCGCCGUGAGCUGAGUGCCUACCUCCUGCCGGUAGUAAUCUCUGACAGCAUCUACCCGAUCCAGUCCAGCACGAGCACGCUGACCAUCCGAGUGUGCGCCUGUGACAGCCGCGGCACGGUGCAGUCCUGCAGCGCCGAAGCCCUCAUGCUGUCGGCGGGGCUCAGCACCGGCGCCCUGGUGGCCAUCCUGCUCUGCGUCCUCAUCCUGCUCAUGAUCGUGGUUCUUUUCGCUGCCCUGCGGAGGCAGAAGAAGAAGGAGCCCCUGAUCAUGUCCAAAGAGGACGUGAGGGACAACGUGGUCAGCUACAACGACGAGGGCGGCGGCGAGGAGGACACGCAGGCCUUCGACAUCGGCACGCUGCGCAACCCCGAGGUAAUGGACACCAACAAGCUGCGCCGGGACAUCAUCCCCGAGAUGCUCUUCCCGUUCCGCCGGGCGUCGCCCAUAAAGGACAACACUGACGUCAGGGACUUCAUCAACGGCCGGCUGCAGGAGAAUGACGCAGACCCCACGGCGCCCCCAUAUGAUUCGCUUGCCACCUACGCCUACGAGGGCAACGGCUCUCUGGCGGAGUCUCUGAGCUCGCUGGAGUCCGCCGCCACAGAGGGGGACCAGGAGUACGACUAUCUCAGCCACUGGGGGCCGCAGUUUAAAAAACUGGCUGACAUGUAUAUAGGCAAGGACACCGAGAAAGACACCUAGCCACAAGCGGCACCGUUUUGCCAACACCCCUGCUCGCCUGGCACAAAAUAUAAAUACAUAGAGGGGCAUCUCUUUGGGACUUUAAUAUAGAAUCCGUGGAGAGUCGAGUACCAUUCAGCUACUGAAGUCACAUUUUUUUCACACUGGUUUUUUACCUAAUCGCUUUCUUCUUGUUUUUUUUUUCCUUUCUUUUUUUGUAAUUGGUGAAGAUGCCUUCGAAUUUUAGGAUUUUUUGUGAACUAUAGUGUGGACAACGUGUUUUGUAACUAAGAAGAGCGAUGGUAGUCUUGUAAACUAUCAAUGUUUAUGGAAAUAAUAAUAAAAAAUGAAUAAAUAAAAAAAAACAAGCUUCUACUGUAAACCAGAUUUAAAAUAGAUUCAUGUACAAAGACGUUUUACAGCGACAGGCCUAUUUCGUUUCGUUAUCUAUAUCAUUGGCAAGCGAAGUUCAUGUGGACGGUUUGUAAGGUUUCUUCGUCGGACU